UGUGCAUGCGCAAUCACGAAGAAGGAAGCCAUAUUGAACGAAGGUGUACGACGAAGUAACAGAGACAUAUACACUUACAAAACAGCUAUUCUAAGAAAGGAGUGUGAAAGAAAUAGUUAGAUUCGUUAACAUAUUAUGUCCACAAUGAACCCCGAAUAUGAUUAUUUAUUCAAAUUAUUGUUGAUUGGUGACUCAGGUGUGGGAAAGUCUUGUCUGCUCUUACGAUUUGCAGAUGAUACAUACACAGAGAGCUAUAUAAGUACUAUAGGAGUAGAUUUUAAAAUUCGAACAAUUGAAUUAGAUGGAAAAACUAUAAAGUUACAAAUAUGGGACACUGCUGGACAGGAACGAUUCAGAACAAUAACAUCCAGUUACUACAGAGGUGCUCACGGUAUAAUUGUGGUCUACGACGUCACUGACCAGGAAUCAUUCAGCAAUGUGAAGCAGUGGUUACAAGAAAUUGACAGAUAUGCCAGUGAAAAUGUCAAUAAACUACUUGUGGGCAAUAAAUCAGACCUGGAGACCAAAAAAGUGGUAGAUUACACAACAGCAAAGGAAUAUGCAGAUCAGCUUGGAAUUCCCUUCCUGGAGACGAGUGCAAAGAAUGCUACAAAUGUGGAACAAGCGUUUAUGACGAUGGCCGCAGAAAUCAAGAACAGGAUGGGACCUGUCAUUUCAGCCUCACAGGACAACAAACCCAGUGUAAAAAUUAACGCUAGCAACCCUGUCAAGCCUUCAGGAGGGUGUUGUUAAUCGUAGUCAUUGUAUAAGACACACAAUUUAUGUAUGGGGGUAAAACUCUUGUGUAUUAGACUGUCCAUUCAAAAGUGAUGGUGUCUUGUUAAACCAAAAUAUGGAAAAUAUCAGAAUUGGAGACUCUAAAUUCAAGAAUGUUUAGUUCUGUCUUUUGGCAGGAAACGAUGGUAAUGGAGUCUUUCUUCUAUUAAUGGUAUUCGUUUCUCUCUUUUUUUUUUUUUUGUUAAUGUGUGUCUAUUUCUUUUCCUUUUGCUUUUGAUUAAUGAUUCAUUAAUAUUAUGUGGAUUUCUAGUUAAUUUCAAUUUCGAUAACCUCAUUGAUAUGAGGAACAUAAAGCCUAACAUUUCUUUAAAAAAAAAAGUGUUAAAUGCAUAUAUUUAUUUGAAAGCUAAAGAUAUGCCUUUAAUUAUAAGUGUACAGUUUUCAUUAUUCCUUAUAUAUAUAAGAUGUUAACACUUUUAAAAGUGUUUUUCAUGUCAGAAGUAUUGAAUCAUAAGCUACACAGUGUGAGCAUUCCAAUGUCAUUGCCUCCUUUUCUGACCUAGGUAACUUUCAUUGUAUGUUGAUUAGGAAGGAAAAUGGGAUUUUAUCAAGUAGAUGUGGGAUGAUUGCCAUACUCUGACAUAAAAACAGUUUUUCUUUGUGAGAACAUCUCGUUUAUUUAUCCCAUUUUAUCGUCCUGAUCUAUUUAUCAGAAUUUGUUUGUUGAACAUCUUUGAUGCGAGAAUGGAUCUCUGUAUGUUUUAUUCUAGUAUUGUAGACUGUCACUCACUGGGGUCAUUUUCUAUAUAUUGUACAACUUGCAUAGCCAAAACACUGAUAUGUGAAAUGCAACUUUGAAGGAAGGAUUUAAGAUGACAUAAUUUUCUUUUUGUGAAAGUAUUUAUAUGAGAGUAGAAAGAUUUUCACAGGGUUAGCAGAACAGUUUAAACUUGUAUGUCCAUGUACAAAAAAAUCCAAUUUUCAACAAUUGUUGCCAGCUUUCAUAUCAUGAUUCAGAGCCUUUUCAUGUGCAUCCUCGAUCUUUUUUUACUGUAUGAAAGCAUAAAGUGAGUGUGAAUGAGAUAUAUUGUUUGUUUUCAUCCAGAUAUUAUAAUUGUGAAGAGUUCAGGAUGACUUCAGUGUAAUGUUCAUUAGCCACUUUUGAGAAAAUUGCUAUUACAGAAGGUUGAACUGUGCUAAAUGUACUUUCAUUCAACAUGUAAACGUGCAUAAUUUCAAAAUGUAAAAAGAUUUAGAAGUAAAUAUUUUUAAUAAGCAGUUUGGCUUUGUUUUCAAGGAAGGAAAGUACUGCCAUUUAUGGUUGUGACAAGCGUUCAAAAGUGAAUUUGGAAAAUGUUUAUGAUUGGACACAGAAAAUGGAGAUUAUAUUUAAAAAAUGUGAAUGGAUGGUUAUUCUUAAGUAAUACUAAGGCUAUAUCAAUGUUAUAUAUAAACUUGGGAGCAAUGAACUUCUUGCCUCUUGGGAGCAAGCAGGCUUGUUAUUUGAUAUGAUUUAUGUAACAUUCACUAUUCUUCAGUCAACAAAUAAAAUAUAAUAAAUUUUU